GCUUCACAAUGCAACCCGGUUACCACUCGUGCUUGGCGACUGAGAAGGCAGAAGUCCUGGAACCUGACAGCAAGGUAUGGGAGCCUCAGGUCAUGACCAUGGUCCGCUACAAGCAGGUGGUCCAAGCCGCAGACAGGGCAGCCGCCGCAGGGGGCAGGUUUGACAAGCUGGUUUUCGUGGAAAUCCCUGAGGGUACAAUGCAUGUCCAGGCUGAAGCCUUUUCAAACUGUAGAUCCCUGCAGGAAGUAGAGAUCCCAAACUCUGUGACAAGGAUAGGGAAUCGCGCAUUCUAUCACUGCAAUUCUCUGAAAUGCUUGCAAAUCCCCAGCUCCGUGGCUGCCAUUGAAGUUUCCACGUUCUUCAACUGCAGGGCUUUGGAGAGGAUCCAUAUCCCCAACUCCGUGACCAGCAUUGGACAAUCUGCCUUCAAGGGCUGCAGGGCCUUAAAAGAUGUCGAGAUCCCAGAUUCGGUGAAGACCAUUGGGCAAGAUGCUUUUGAAGGAUGCAGCGCUUUGGAAACUAUUCAGAUCCCCAGCUCCGUGACCGCCAUCAAGAAUUGUACAUUCUUGUGCUGCGGUGCUUUGAAACAUGUCAAAAUUCCGGAUUCUGUUGUCAGCAUUGGGGUGAGCGCGUUCUCUGACUGCUAUUCUCUCAGGGAUUUGCAAAUCCCUAGAUCGGUGACAAGCAUUGGGGGGGCAGCUUUUGCGGUAUGCAAGGGUUUGGAGACCUUCAAGAUCCCCAACUCUAUAACCACCAUCGCCGAUCGCUUAUUCUUUUGUUGCCAUGCUCUGAAGCACGUUGACAUCCCGGAAACGGUGACCGCCAUUGGUGAAUCAGCUUUCGCAAGCUGCAUUCUCAUGGAGGUGGUGAAGAUUCCCACCGGUGUGACCUGCAUUCAGAAGCUAACCUUCAUGGGCUGCGCUGUGCUCAAGCAUGUGGAGGUCCCCCGUGCCGUGCGCGAGAUUGCGGAAGGGGCCUUCAUCCGUUGUCGUGCUUUGGAGACUAUCCACAUCCCCGACUCCGUGACCAGCAUUGGCAAAUCAGCCUUCCAGCACUGCACUGCCCUAAAAGAUGUCCAGAUCCCAGAUUCGGUGAG